CGCAAAUGGUAUAAGACCAGAGGUAUUCCAUACCGUCGUGGUUACCUUUUGUAUGGCCCUCCUGGUACCGGAAAGACCUCUCUUAUCCAAGCGCUUGCUAGCAAAUUGAGUAUGAAUGUGGCUGUGGUCAGUUUACUGGAAGUACAUGGUGAUAGCGAGUUCACCGAUAUGCUGGCUGACGCACCGUCAAACUCGUUACUGGUUAUUGAAGAUCUCGACCAUUAUAUCAGCAGCGCAGAAACUGGUCGAGUGACUAUGUCUGGUAUGCUCAAUGCACUUGAUGGCAUCCAAGGUCAAGAAGGAGCGAUGAUCUUUAUGACGUGCAAUGACUUUAAUAAGAUCCAGCCCGCAUUACUGCGACCAGGUCGAAUGGAUGUCAAAUUGAAGCUUGAUUAUGCAGUGCGUGAACAGAUUGUGGAUAUGUUCUGGCGCUUCUUUGGCCAUGAUUACGAUACAUUUGAUAUGAUUGUUGGCAAAAGAAGAGACUAUUUGGCCGGAAUCUGUAACACGUUCGCCGAUUGUGUUCCAGUUGAUGAAGUUACAACUGCUGAGCUCCAGAGUUACUUUAUC